CCCAAUGGGCGUGGCUUCCCUUAGCCGCCGUUGCUGCGCUGGGAGCCGGAGUGGGGUGAGAGCGGUAGAGUGCCCUAACAGCGAGUUAGAUAGUGCGUGGGGCGGGCCCUUACCUGCCCCUUACAAUAAAACUCGCUGAGAGGAUGUCUCCCGGGCUGGGAGCUGGGCUAGAGCACAGAGGGGAGGCUUAUUUACACGGCUUCUCUCUGUUUACAUCUGGGUUCCACGUCGGCUCCGACAGCAGGCAGCGCAAUGGCAGGAGUGGGCAAUAAGAAGUCCAUAGUGUUCGGGGUGCUGGGGGUGCUCCUAGUAGGUGUUGGUACUCUGCUGGUGUUCCUGGUGCCGGUGAUCAUGGAUGAGCAAGUGGAGAAGAAUGUGCGCAUCGAUCCUUCCAGUGGGUUUGCAUAUGAAAUGUGGCGAGACCUACCUGUUCCGUUCUACAUGUCCAUCUACAUUUUUGAAGUUGUUAACCAUAAGGAAGUGCUAUUAGGAGAGAAGCCACAAUUACAAGAACGCGGACCAUAUGUGUACAGGGAGUACAAAAAAAAGCAAAAUAUCACCUUCAAUGAAAAUGGAACAGUUUCAUUCGUGGAGUUUCGCACCUUCCAUUUUGAUCCUGAAAAAUCUAACGGCAAAGAGGAGGAUCAUGUUAUAGUGCCAAACAUUCUGGUUUUGGGCUCAUCUGUCAUGUUGCAGGAUUUGGGAAUAGCAAUAAAAUGGAUUAUCAGUGGAGCAUUUUCCGCUUUCAAUGAGGAGGCCUUUAUUAACAAAACCGUGAAGGAUAUAUUGUGGGGCUACGAAGACCCAUUCUUGGAUUUCCUAAACACGUUUCUACCUGGAAAACUUCCCUUCAAAGGAAAGUUUGGCUUUUUUUCAGAUUUUAAUAACUCAAAUACUGGAGUAUUUACAGUCAACACUGGGAUGGAAGAUAUUAGCAGAGUCCAAAUGGUAGACAACUGGAAUGGACUGAAAAAGGUUGACUUUUGGAAUUCAGAACAAACAAAUAUGAUCAAUGGAACUGCAGGUCAAAUGUGGCCUCCUUUCAGGAAACCCUCAGAACCUCUAGAAUUUUAUAGUCCAGAUGCUUGCCGGUCAAUGAAACUGGUAUAUGAAAAGGAAGAAAAAUUCAGAGGUAUACCUACAUUUCGCUACACUGCCCCCAAUUACCUAUUUGCCAAUGGAUCCGACUACCCACCCAAUGAGGGAUUCUGCCCCUGUGUGGCUUCUGGAGUCCAGAAUGUCAGCGCGUGUCGUUUCAAUGCCCCAUUGUUUCUCUCAUUCCCUCAUUUCUACAAUGCCGAUCCAGGCUUUUUAGAGUCUGUAGAGGGGUUGCAUCCAACUGAAGAGCUGCAUUCCCUUUUCCUAGACAUGCAUCCACUGACAGGAAUCCCGAUGAACUGUUCAAUUAAAAUGCAACUCAACAUGCUGACUAAAUCUGUGUCUGGAAUAAUGCAAACUGGACAGAUAAAACCUGUGAUUCUACCAGUGCUUUGGUUUGCAGAGAGUGGGCACCUUGAUGGCCCGGUGUACAACACUUACUACAACAUCCUGAUCCUCAUGCCCAUUGUACUUGAGUACCUACAAUAUGUGCUCAUUGGCAUUGGCCUCUGUUUUAUUACGGUUGCACUCGUUCUUCCCUUCGUUAAACAGGGCAAAUGCUUCUUAUUUUGGAAUAGUAAUAAAAAUGUUGAUGAAAGUCAGGAGUUUAAAACCCAAAAAGAAAAGUUGACUGCUCCUAACGGAAUUGUACUACUGGAAGCCAGAUUAUAGUGUCGAAAGCAAGAGCAAGUCCUUAAUGACACAAGUGGAACUGAUGAUGCAACUGAAUAUUCUGAGGAUUCCAAGCUUCUAGAGGACCAGGAGUACAGACCACCUCAAACCUGAUAUUUGACAAAAUAUUCCCUGGGGAUUGAAAUCCUACAGGGAUUGUGUCUGGGUUUAUCUAAUCACUACAAAGCUAUCUUGUGAAUUAUGGAUCACUGGGAUAGCAUUCAUAGACACUUCAGCACCUUCAUCAUGGAAGGAACUGCUCAAGCUUUGUCAGCUAACCUCCAUCUUUGUGCCUUGUGGACUAAGUGGACUAAGGAAAGCAUGAAGAAAGCAGUGGCAUGUAAUAAUGUUGAUGAGAUGGUGAUGGUGGGAUUAUAGCAAUCCACUUAAUUAUAAAUCCUCUAAUCGUUAAGCAAAUCAUUAAUUGAAGCCAUCUUCUAUCAGGAUACAGUUCAUUGUUACAGUUGUGUCAUUGGUGUACUUCCAACCUAGUUUUUCCCACAAAGCAAAUUAUUUAAUUACACAAACGAGUUAAAGUCCUAAGCAUUGCACUAGGUAUCUUAAAUCUGUAGAAUCCAGGGAAGGUGCAGGAUAGUAGGCAAAUGACAACAAGAAUGGAUGAGACCAGUGGGUUGCCAUCUGCUUUGUUUCUAUCUCCCCGUUAUCAUAAAUGUAUAGCUGCCUUAAGUUGCAAAAAAAGCCUUUAACUAAGCUCUUUGUGUCAGUUUAAAUGUAAGUACGUUGGGUUGUGAUUCUGUGAGAUGUUUCAGUGACAGUGUUCUGCUAUGUCCUUGCCUGUUCUAUGUAUCACGGAAAGUGCCUGCAGCACUAUAUAGGUUGCCUCCCAUUUCUGAGCUGUGUGGUUAAAUACCCCAUGUUUGUCUGUAUAAAGCCAAAGCAAUUGUCUUAUAACUUUAUCACCCAGUGACUGUUCUGAUCCAGUGAUUACUCUGAGGGUGACGUGAUGGUAACCAAAGCGCACUUGUAGUUGUAUCAACUGCAGCUGCUCAUAGCCUAUUACAAGUGUUGUAGGUAGGCCCUAUCACAUUCUGCUGGUAACCUAAACUACUGUUAGACUGAACAUGUAUUUAUAAAUUAUAUAAUGUGUCACUUCUUUGUUAAUUGAGCCCUAAAUACAAUGUCCUCAAACUUGGAUAUGUCAACAUUUUGGUACUGUAUACUAUAAAUCUUCUAUAAAUCCACAAAAAGGAGUUUGAAGAUACAGUAUAAAUGGGAGCUCAGCAAGUGCAGGGCACAAACUUUUAUUUGGGGAAAAAACGCUUUAUAAAUUAUUACAAAUAAAUUACACAAACCAUAAAGUGGACAUAACUGCACUAAAUAUUACAAACUUAUGGCAGGCAGUGUUAUGGAGAUUUACUACAGUCACAGUUAAUAUGCACAUUGUGCUUGCUCAUAGGAUUGCAGGACUGGUGUAGAUUUGGGUUCUACCAGGUACUCUGUCUGGUAUAUUAUAAUCUGGUUGCUGGAGGUGUUUUCCCCAGCACUUCCAUUGGCCACAUGAAGAAGGUGCAUUUGCCACUGUGUUUAGAGUAUGCUACUGCAAAGCUACACAGUAUUUGUAAAUGCACUUGGGCUAUAAGUGGGUGCUUUAUGUAUACAAUAAGCUAGGAGAACUAAAUAAGUUCAACUGCAGUUACAAACAGUAUUUUGUCCCUGUUUAACAGGAAAAAAUAUUUUUUACUGCUGUUAAUUUUUCAUUUAUUAUUUCCUCUUGCAUUUAUUAUCUCCUCUUGCAAAACAAGUAAGGUUUAUUGUGUGCACAGAACUAACCCCAGCACAGGAUUUCCCAAUAUACAUUCUCAAUCAGUCUACAGGGCAAAACAGUUUUGCACCUUUUUUUAAAUUCUAUAGGGAAUCUCUUGCCUAGUGCACACAAUAUAACAGCUUGCUUUUCUAUAAAGCAGUUUAGCAAAAAUGUUCCCUUUUUUCCUUUCCAUUCCACUUGAAAUACUAUAAAUUGUAGUUAAUACAGUCUAAUCUAGCACACCUCUGCAAGUAAAAGUCUUUAAUCAGUAGUUGCACAUCAUUAAGGACUGUACAGGCCAUGGGUAGGUAGUGCUGGGUAUAACUGGCCACACACACUGAGAUAAUAUCCUUGUUCUUAGGAUAGCUCCUCUUCUCCCUCUGCUUUACAGAUGGCUUUUACCAAACAUAACAGUAGAAAGCUGUUUGAACUAUGGGCUGCCAAUGAGUAUCAGCCAGGGAAUUACAUGCUUAACACCAUUUGCCAAAUUAGGUACCUAUAAGGGUUAUUCUAAAAUAGGCAAAAUGGUGGCAAUAGUGCAAUUAGAGUGUGUUGAAGCAGAGAAGAACUGAAUUAAAGUGCCAUGAAAAUUGCAAUAACUGUUAAAAUCUAUUUUUCCCCUAAGUAAUUCUGUACCCUGCACGCUGGAUCAUUACAGUGACUUCAGCCUUAUACGUGAACUAUUUCCUCACAAUGUUCCUGUGUAGAAAUCUUCUACUGUAAAUAAGAAUUAAAAUUCAGAAAUCUGUUUUUCUUUUUGUCUGUUUACUACCCCGUGGGGCACCCCCUUGCCCUCUGUACUGAAAUACCAGACCAUCUGGCAGCAAAAUGCUUCCCUUGCAUUCCCACCCCUUUUCUCUAGAGAUUAUCAUGUUUCUCUGUACCACAGUUUAUUGGUGCCCUCCCUUGCCAGUGAACAUCUAUUCCAUUUGGUGGCUCUCACAAAUUCAUAUCGACAUUGGCAUUUCUCCAUGUUGCAAUUUACUUUAAUAAUCCAUUGUCUUUUCAAUUCUGUAAAAGGUGCUAUAUAUAUAUAUAUAUAUAUAUAUAUAUUUUGUAACAGCUGUACAAUUUUUGUAAUUCUCCUAUUUUUGAUGACAUCUGGAAUAUAUAAAAAAAUGUUUUUAUAAGUAGCACAAUUCAACCAAAUGUUCAAAAUAAAGACUUUGGAAUAAUUC